UAGACUUAAUUUCUCCGGUGUGAAAAUUGUAAGAGAGAACGGAAGAGGAAACAAAGCAACACCCGAACGAACCGCGCAAGGUAACGAACGUAGCUGAGCAAAAGCAAGCAGUAACAAUGCCAUUGUCAACGGUCGUUUCCCCCUUUUGUUCUUCCUCAGCCACCUUCCUAUCCACAGUUAUCGCGCGCUCUUCACUCCCUCCAAAACGCAACGUCUCCCCUUCCCCAUUUUCCACUCUCUCUCGCAGAGGCAUCGCUCUGCUUUCCUUCCUCUCCCUCUCCCUCUCAGCACCAGCCUCCGCCAUUGAAAUUGGCAUGUCAGGACCGAAGAAUUGGCUUAAAGACCAAAAAAAGAAGGCCUCCAAGUACCUAUUGGCCCCUAUCGAUGCCUCCCGUCAAAUCCUUCGCUCUGCCUAUCUCACGCUCACGGAAACUGACGCUGCUUAUACGGAUGAGGAUUUGGAGAAGAUUCAGCAGCUCUUUAUAUCUGCUGCCAGGGAUUGCGUCCCACAGGACCGGAACUCAUUCGUCACUUUCCAAGCCAACACCGGAGUAGAGGUGUGCACGUUUCGGUUGAUUGUGAAGAAUGCAGCUUCGUUGCUUGGAAAUAAGGAUCCUGUAAAGUUGAAAGCUGAAGCUUUGCUAGAUAAUCUUAUAAGAUCUUUCACCUCUGUCAGUGGGAUGGCAAGUAAAACCAACAUUCAACUUGCAUCAGAUAGGUAGUUGCUUACAGGAAUAUCUAGGAAGACAUCUUUUGAAGAAAAUUCUUUAUGGAAAAAGAUAGCUGAUGCUGUAUCAGAUACCAUAUCUGAUCUUGACAAAUUUGAGCUGGGAAUCAGGGAUUGCCUUGAAACCUAACUGUAAAGGAUAACCUAGCUUACUUUUUGAUGUGGAAAGUUGAUCAUUAAAAAUCAUGCAAGGAAUCUAUUGGUGUAAUCACAAAUUUUCUGUUAUCACCAGUGUGCUGUCUGCCGGGAAUAUCAAACUAUGCUUUUGCCUUACUUAAAUUACUUCUUAUUAGUUAUCUCAAUCUAAAAUCUGUAAGUACUCUGUCAAUAUGUAUCUGAUAUUCUUUUUCAAUGCAUUCAAUCCUCUGAAUCAUUUCACAGAGGAAUUGAACAGGCUCUUGAUAGCUGUAUCCUUUUGAUAUUACAGGGUGUGUUCAUAAUUUGCACAUACUGAAUAUGUAAUAACUAAUAAACUUUGGUAAUUUCUUAAACAAAGGUAAAUGCUAGGAUGUUCUGGAAUGAUUUCUUAAAAUCAGCCAAAAAAUAUAUGUAUUUUUACAUUCUCCUUAAAUUAUGACUGUUUCCCUAUUUGUUUGGAAAUGUAUGAGGAAUUUCCUGUUGUCAACAAAAGGGAUCAAACAAAUGCAUACUAUACGAUUAUUACUGUUCUAA